UUUUUUUUUUUAAGAUGCCUAAUGACUCAAGUAAUGAUCUCUUAGAACCCCUUCGCUGGGAAGGUAAAGGUUUCUACAACACAAGGACAUUUUAACAUAAAGAUAUAGAAAGCUAUGAAUAUACCCUUCAACAAGAUAAUGUCAUGACAAAACGAUACCAAACUAAAAUGUUAUUGGCUACUUUGAUUGAGCAUUUCUGCAGUACGUAUGGAGACACACCCGAUGCCAAUAGAAAAGUGUUCUUUUUGAUAUGUCAAACACUACGUUCAUUGGGUAUGAUUGAUGCUGAGUUUAUGGAUGAAAUGACCAAUAUAAGCUCUACUUUUCAACAAGCAUUUCAUAAAUUGUUCUUUACUGCUGUCCAGACAGUCAGAAAUCAAGACUUGCUUCAGUUUAAUGAUCCUUUACCUAGCAAGGACUCGAAUGAUUACUUUACCAUACAAAAAAAGGAGCCUAUUCAAAUGAUGAAUUUACACGUACAAAACUCUCGUUAUAAUACUGAUUUUAUCGAACUGAAUUUAUUGGGCAAAGGUGGAUUUGCCAGUGCGUUUCGUGCCCGUAAUAAGCUGGAUGGCAUUGAUUAUGCAGUCAAAAAGAUUCGAUUAAGCAAUGAUAUUCAAGAUGAACAACAAGAUGAUGCGUAUGAACGUAUCUUUAGAGAAAUCAAAAACUUGGCACGGUUAGAACAUCAAAAUGUGAUUCGAUACUAUGCUUCUUGGCUUGAAUUUGAUGAAUCUACAGACAGUGAAGAAGAAGAUAGUGUCUUUCCAGAACCUAGUUUUGAUUCUACACCAAGUGAUAUUACUGAAGCAUCAUCCCUGCGACUGAAUGAUACAUCUUAUAUACAGUUUGGUGAAGCAUCAUCACUACGACAGGAAGACACAUCUUAUAUUCAGUUUGGUGAAGAGUCCUAUCUUCAGUCAAGUAGUAUUGAAUCUACUACACCAUCUACAUCCGAGACGAUGAAAAAGACAGGUUGGAUCUUGUUCAUUCAGAUGCAACUAUGCCCUACCACACUCCAUGACUAUAUUCGGUUUAGAAACAAACAAUAUGCUGAUGAUGAUUCACUCACGAUAGAUGCCAAACGCAAUCUAGAGAUAUUCUCUCAAAUCCUUCAAGGCACAGCUUAUAUUCAUCAACAAGGCCUUAUUCACCGUGAUUUGAAGCCAAGUAAUAUCUUUUUGUUUGCCAUGGACAAACGUAUGCGUAAACAGAGCUUUGAGUCCUCUUGUUCUGUUUCGCCUGAUUCUGCAUUUGAAAGUGAUUUGGAGUCGAUUCCUUUAUGGGAAGGAUGUUGGGUACCCAAGAUUGGUGACUUUGGAUUAGCAGCUGAAGCUAUGGAUGAACAAGGUGAAUCUGUUUUGGUACCUACGCCUAUCUCCUCUACACCACCCAGUCCUCGUUGCCAACCUACACAACGACCCAAACCUAAACGGACACGUACUAUAGGUGUAGGCACACGUACUUAUGCUUCUCCAGAACAAUUGGCUGCUCAAAAUUAUGAUGAAAAAGUAGAUAUCUAUUCAUUAGGGAUUAUCCUGUUUGAACUCUUUCAGCCUUUUAGUACAGGCAUGGAACGAGCAGAAGCUUUAGAUAAACUAAAGCGAGGUGUCUUUCCAGAAGGAUUCUUGGAUCUAUACCCUAAAGUCACUGCUUUGAUACUCUGGAUGAUGGACAUGGACCCCAGUCAUCGUCCCUCUGCUCAUCAACUACUUCAGUUUGAACUGUUUGUUGACCAUCCUCAUCAAGUCGACAGCAAGAAACAAAUGCAGGUUAAAAUCAACCAAUUAGAAAGAAAGAACAAACAACUUAAACAACGCGUUCAUGAACAAGAAAAAGCCAUGAAAGAAAUGGAACAAAAACUACAAGCAAUGCAACUCUUGUUGAAUGAACCCAAGCCCAAAAAACAAGUCAGAUGGAUUUGAUACAUAAAAAAAAAAGGUUUAUUUUGAAAUGGAAGACAGUUUACCAAAUGCUUCCAAAAAGGCCUUCUUUUUCUUUUUCUCUUUUGUCUUUUGUGAUGCUGCGGGAGGAGGAGGAGGAGGAGGAGGAGGAG